CUGUGAGUAGUAUAGUAGUAUUCAUACACAGUCUGAGUAAUACAGUAGUAUUUAUAGAAACUAUUGUACUUUUACUGCACUACAUAUAUUUAUUAACCUUACUUCACAGAUUAUUAAUCCAUUAAUAAAUAAAACUAUUAUUAUAAAUUUAAAUACCAGAAGUAUAUAAAGUCAUUAAAAUGAGCUGCACCUUUUUGAUUGGUUGACAGACAGACAGACAGCCGUCGCCAUGACAGCAGGAGCGGUGUCAGCUCCGCUCAUCAUUCCCAUCAUGCACCUGGAGACACACAGAGCCAAGACCCACAUAGACACCAACACACCCGUCUCCAUCCAGUCAGACACUCCUGAGGUUCUGAUCUUCUUCACUCUGGACGGGUCUAAGCCGACUGCGUGGCCGCGUGGGUCAGCGGGCAGCAGCAGCAGGAAGUACGGCGGUCCGAUCCUGCUUCCUGCUGGUCGAGUGGCUGUCAGAGCCAUAGCUGUCGCCAGAAACGGCAGAGACAGCUCCACAGUGACGAAGGUUUUCUCUGUUGAACUUGUGGAUUCAAACAAUGAGGAGAACUUCCUGCAGAGGAAUGAACAGCGUUUGUCUGAAGGAACCUCGUUCAACUCUGCUGGUUCUUCACUGAGGCCCUCAGAGCCGAUCAUGAUGGGAAACUCUCCUCAUCCAGGUCCUCGUUUCCUGACCAGUCAACUGGUCUCUCCCACCAAACCACAACCACCUGGAUCCUCCCAACGUUCCCAGUCGGGGACUUCAGGUGUAAUGAAGCAGGUGAGCAGCACUCAGACGUCCAGAAUCCACCAACAGAUUGACUUCCUGCGGUGUGCUCAGUGUCUGGGUCCCCUGCCUUCAGACCCGUUCUCUGGGUUCUGUGCUCAGUGUGGAUCUUCACUUCCUGGUUUACCUGAGCAGAGACCGCCCCCUGCUGAGGGAGGACAGAUGCUCUGCUGUGUGUUCUGUAACUCUCUGGUUCCUGUGAACACUCAGACCUGUUUAAUCUGUGAGGCCUCCAUCCAUCAACAACAUCAGCGGCUGCAGAAUGUCGCCCCCUCUGUCCGCUCAGCCGACUGCAGGACGUUGAACUGCUCCAGGUGUAAACGGUUGAACCGUUGUGACGCCCGGUUCUGUGACUGGUGCGGCUCAAAGCCCGGUCAUGCAGCCAGCUGUGUGGUUUGUUGGCGAUGCGGUGCGAGCGGACACCCGUACGCAUUCUACUGCGCAGCCUGCGGCGCCUUCCUGGAAGCCCCGACCACAUCCUGCAGUGACAUCACGCGACCUGUCAGGUGCGCCGCCACCGACCAGGCAGCAGCCCAAACUUCCCAUGAUGCAACCUGGCAAGCCACACCCUCCUCCGGCCCUGCUCCCAGCACAGAGUUAGCCCCGCCCACUGCUGAGCAGUUCACGCAGACUGUUGGACUCUAUUAUCCAUCAGCCACUGAGCUUCAGAGGAAAGAACAACAGAGGACACUUCAACUCAGCAAGCAGCAGGCAACCAGAGACCGUCGACCGCUGCUGACCACUGUGAGCCCUGGUAGAGGUUUCUGGAGGAAGCAGCUGGAUCACCUGUGUGCCCACCUGAGGAGCUACGCUCAGAUCAAUGCCCCCUUCAGGACUCUGCUGGGAGAACCUCGCCUGGGCCGGGUGACGUCUUGUGUUCCUGCUCUCCUUCAGAUGGUUUCUGCUGUGAUUCAGGAGGAUCGUCAGGAAGUCAGCCUGACCGUCAGCUUCGUGUCGGCCGGACGGGAAGAAGAACGUCAGGUGUGUUCUCAAGUGGAACCGGCAGGUGAGGACGGCGUCGGACCUGCAGGUCGGACUGAGACUCUGAGCAGCGUCACAGAACGAUCAGGCAGUGAUCCUCCCAAACCAGACCUGAGACCCAGACCUCCGGUGAGGGACGUGCAGCUGCUGAAGGAGCUGGGUCCUGGUCCAGGACGAGGUCAGAUCAGUGUCAUCCAGCAGCUCCUGGAUCAGGGGGCGGAUCCUUCCUGCUGCGACAGCGAUGGCCGACAUGCUUUGGCGGUUGCCGUAGUGAACGGUCACCAUGACGCACUUCCUGUUUUAGUGCAGCGAGGAGCCGACGUGGACCAGCAGUCCGGACGGAUGAAGAACACUGCUCUGCAUGAAGCUGCAGCUCUGGGCUCUGAAGGUCUAAAGGGUGCUCAGGUCCUGCUCAGGUAUGAAACACCUGGUCCAACUAUUACUAUUAGCACUACUAUUAGUACUAAUUCUACAGGUAUGAAACACCUGGUCCAACUGUACUAGUACUACUAGUACUAUGAGUACUACUUCUACAGGUAUGAAACACCUGGUCCAACUGUACUAGUACUACUACAGGUAUGAAACACCUGGUCCAACUGUACUAGUAGGCCUACUACUACUACUACUACUACUGGUAUGAAACACCUGGUCCAACUGUACUAGUACUAUUAGUACUACUUCUACAGGUAUGAAACACUCGGUGAACAUGUAACCUUUUCUUGAGUCCAAGUAACUGACCACUGAUACUACUACUACUAGUACAUUACAGUCAUUUAGCAGACGCUUUUAUCCAAAGAGACUUACAAUAAGUGU